AUGAAUGCCGCUCACCUACUCGUUGAGUCAUCCGCCCACUCUAUACUGGCAGUGUGCAAUGCUAAACGAAACUUUUGCGUGUUUGGUUGCCGUGUCACCCAAAAUGACGACUACGGAGAGAAGAAGUGCGUAGAAGUGCAGCAAAUCCUAACCUUGUAUGUAGAAGGCCAUAUCAUAAACGAAACUUUUGCGUGUUUGGUUGCCGUAUCAAACAAAAUGACGACUACG